AUGGGUAUCCUUGAGCAUGCCGUUCUCGCGGUGACCCACCCCGGAGAGCUUCGCUCGAUGAUCGGGUACAAGAUCUGGCGCGACCACCGCGACAUCACAGACCCGACCCAGGCCGAGGCGACUGGAUGGAAGCGCGAGUCGAUGCGCCAGUGCUGGGCGUUCCUUGACCAGACGAGCAGGAGUUUCUCCAUGGUCAUCAAGGAGCUCGAUGGCGAGCUCGCCCGUGUCUGUCUCUUCUACCUCGUCCUCCGUGCCCUUGACACCGUUGAGGAUGAUAUGACCGUCUCCAACGACGUCAAGCUCCCUCUGCUUCGCAGCUUCCACGAGAAGCUCUAUGAGCCGGGAUGGACCUUCAACGGUUCGGGAGAGCAGGAGAAGGACCGCCAGGUGCUCGUCCAGUUUGACAUUAUCCAGAAGGAGUUCUCGCUCCUCGACGAGAGCUACCAGCGUGUGAUUGCCGACAUCACGAAGAAGAUGGGUGCGGGUAUGGCCGACUACGCCGCUCUCGCUACCCCGGAGCGACCAGUCGCCGAGGUCAACUCGAUCGACGACUACGACCUCUACUGCCACUACGUCGCCGGUCUUGUCGGUGAGGGUCUCUCCGGUCUCUUCGCCACUUCCGGCAAGGAGCGCGAGUUCCUCGCCAACCAGCUCACCCUCUCCAACUCGAUGGGUGCUCUCCUGCAGAAGACCAACAUCUACCGUGACAUCAAGGAGGACGUUGACGAGGGCCGAGGAUUCUGGCCCCGCGCGAUCUGGGGCAAGUACGGCUUCAACUCGAUGAACGAGCUUGUCGACCCUGCUCGCCGCCGCGAAGCUCAGUGGGCCGCCAACGAGAUGGUCCUUGACGCUCUCCGCCACGCCACCGACGCGCUCGACUACCUCACUCUCCUGAAGAACCAGACCGUCUUCAACUUUGUCGCCAUCCCCGCCGUCAUGGCCAUGGCCACGCUCGAGUGCUGCUUCAUGAACCCCGCCAUCUUUGAGCGCAACGUCAAGAUCCGCAAGGGACAGGCUGUUCAGAUUGUCAUGUCUGCCUCGAACCCCCGCGACGUUGCCUUCAUGUUCCGUGACUAUGCCAAGGCUAUCCACGCCAAGGUCCCCAAGGACGAGCCCAACAUGCUCCGCUUCUCGAUUGCCUGUGCUCGCAUCGAGCAGUGGGCUGAGCACCACUACCCCUCGUUCAUCAUCAUCCAGCCCGGUGCUGGUGGCAAGGGAGCGUCUGCCGGCAUCGACCCGAUGUCAACAGACGCCCGUAUCGGCAUCUACAACGACAUUGCGCAGAAGUCGCGUGAGAAGGCUGAGGCUAAGCGCCGCGAGGAGAUCAUGGAGGACCUGCGGGCCCGUGGCCUGAUCAAGCCGACCGACCCCAACUCGCCGGCGAUGGAGAAGUGGAAGGAGACGGUCAAGAAGUCGGAGGAGGGCAGCGUCAACGACCCGUUCCCGUACCUGCUUCUUGCGGGUAUUGUCAUCGGUAUCAUUGCCGUCUUUGGUCUGUCCAUCCUUGGAGCUCUCUGGGCCAUUGGCAAGUGGGGACACAAGCUUGAUGCUAUGAUGAGCAACAACUAA